UAAAGAAGGCGUCUGAACCUGCUUUGUCUCCUGCUCCUCCUUCAGGCCAACAAAGUGACUGGUCUCGUGUCUGACUCUCGGUCACUCUAUGGAUCACUGCACUCCAUGCCGUCCUAUCUCGGACAGCUUCUUUAGUCCGCCAUGGCUGAAAUAGUAAACAAAUGGUGAUAUGGGAGAUCAAGAGCACCCAUGGAGCUAGUUUUGGAUUCCACCAUUCCCAGAUCACGAGGGUGUCGGAGAGCAUUGGAACUGCAAGUUCUUCUGACUAGCGCAAGAAGCCAACUUCAAAGACAAAAUGGAUUACAGGCAGUUACUUCUGGAUGAAUGGAAUGAGUCGCAUGUGAAGUGCUGGCUAAAGUCCAUUGGAAUUAAGAAAGAGUAUGUAGAAAAGCUCUGUGAAGAGGAAGUAACGGGUCCAGUGCUCAGAGAAUUAGAUGAGCCAUUCCUCAAGGGUAUGGGCAUGAAAGGAGGUCAGAUUCACAUCCUAAUGCGCAAGAGAAAUCAACUUCUGAAACAGAAUACUGGGACAGAUUCCAUCCAAGCAGUUGACAGCAUCAAGGCUACAGAUGUGUUGGAUGAUAGCAAAACCAGUUCAGAGAGAAAACAGACAGAAACCAGAGAACCUAAUUCAUUAACCGAAGAGAGAUGCAGUGACCAACGAGAAAUCAAACACACAUGGUCUGACAAACCCAUUUCUUUACAAGAAGGCAGCUCAAAAUCACAGCGCCCAAGUAAGAAAAGCAAGGCACACACGAUGACUGCAUUUAGCAAAACAGGAAGUGCAACUACUCAAAUUUUGGAUGAUCCAGUUGAACCAUUACAUCCAAGCCCAUUCAGGCAGUUUAGAGGGGACAAAAUUGAUUUUAAGUAUGCUAAAAACACAGUCCUUGCUCCAGAAACAGGAAUUUUCAAUUUAAUUAGGCCUUGCCAUGAAUACAAAUCUUUUGCUAAGGCUGCACUGCUGGACAGGCAAAGACUGCAAGCAAAGUUUGCCUAUGAGGUGCUGAAGUUUGCUUCUGCUUGCAUGAAUCUCCGAACAAAUGGCACUAUUCACUUUGGAGUCAUGGACAGUAUUGAGAAUAAAGAUUGGAAACAUGGGCAAAUAGUUGGUAUACCGAUAAGCGACAAAGACAUGUAUGUGGAUGCUUUAGAUUACAUUGAAAAGUGUUUUGAAUCGCAUGUUCAAGAAGCUGCAAGGCUCUGUAUUCACUCUCCUGUUUUUAUUGAAGUUAUUUCAAAAGCCACUCAUGAACAAUAUUUUGUGGUGGAAGUUGACAUUGAACCAUUAUCUAAUAUUGUAAAAGGGAAGAUCUUUCAAGUAUGUUUACCAAAAUUUAAUGAUAAAACUAAUAAGGUGAACUUAGAAAAAGAUAAAAUUACAUUUCAAAGAGUUGGCACAAAAUCUGAACCGGUGAAGAAUGAAGUUCUAGUGACAUUCAUUCAAGAUUUGCAAGAGAGAGAUGCCAGGAGAGAAAAGGCUGAACUAUCCAAUCAUGAACAUCAAAUAGAGGGCCCUCAAAAUUUAGGGCGAAAGUUACCUAUCUUGUUGACAGAUGGUAAAAACUACAUGAAUGAUUCUCGGUGGUACAUUCUUGUUACAAACAAGUGUGGAGAGGAAGACUUGAAGUCUAUUGACUUCUUGAUGCACCUGAAUAUUUUUUGUGUAUUUGAUUUUGAUGAGGACUCCAAUGUGUCAGGCUUGUAUGCCAAGUACAAAGAAUGUCAUGUAACCAGUUCUCAUUUUUUAAAAAACUAUUCCAAUGAUGACAAGAUGAGUCCAGCCGAAUUUCAAAAACACUUGUGUCUAUUUGUUAAGAAAAGCUGGAUAUUUUGCAAUGGACGCAGUGACUUCCUUGGAAAUGAAAAACCUUGUGAUGAAAACACUUGGAUUAGAACCAAAAAGAAGUAUCUGAAGAAAGCAGUAUCUUUUAUCUGUAAUGACCUCCUCCCAAAAGGAUCUUACCUGGUGCUUUUCUUACUGUUGUCACCUGUAGAGAAGCCAAUUAUAGAUACCUUCCAUGAAUUUUACAGUGAAAUGAAUGGCAUGGAUUUCAUAAUAUGCCUUGCUGAGUCUACAGAAAACUAUGAGAAGUGGGCUAAUCUGGCUCAGGCAUCCUGCAGUAUUAAGACACUAGAAGAGAGAAGCAUUGUAGGCAUGAAGCUAAGCCAUGUGGAUGCUACUAUCCGAAACAUGCUACCUUCUACAAAAACCAACAGACAUUUACCAGUUUCCACAAAGGGGGUAUGUAUUCUUCCUACCCUGGAAGAAGAGAAAAUGUGUUCUCUUGAAAUCUUGUGCACCGAUCAGUGUGAUGAUAUCAAAAUAGAUGGUCUGAGUGAAAAAGAAAUUCAGGAGAUGGAUGAAACUUUUUAUCGCGGUAAAAAAGUGAGCUGGAAAAAUUUCUGGCUUGCUGAUAAUGGGUUGUGUGGGGAGGUUAUUGAACGUGAAGCCUGUAAGGAAGUAUCUAAGAUGCUGAAUGAUUUUGUGUAUGGGAAUCGAUUCAAGUAUCCUGUAGCUAAACUGAAAGUGUUCCAUCACCCUGGAAGUGGAGGAAGUACCAUUGCAAGACAAGUCUUGUGGAAACAAAGGAAAGAUUUACGAUGUGCUGUAAUCAAAACAACAUACCCAGUUGUCACUGUCUGUCAGCAAGCAGUUGAUUUCCGACAUUAUGAUGAAAAAGACCUCAAAAACUCCCUCCCUGUCCUUCUGUUGGUGGAAGAUUAUGAUGAAGAAUAUCUUGAUGAAUUAAUUUAUUCCUUAACUGAUGCCAUGGGCCCUAACAAACGUCAUCCUUCCAGGCCCUCUUUCAUCCUCCUCUGCUGCAAACAGUCAAAUGUUCCUGAUAAGCUUUGCAAAGCUUCUCCUCAGGACACAGUUGCUGUCACUCACAAACUGACAGACCAAGAAAAAAACCUGUUCAGAACAAAGCUGGAAAAAUUUGAAAACCAGUCAGAUUUCAAGCCGGAAUACAUCCUUACCUUUGUCCUAAUGAGCAGUGAAUUUGAUACAACUUAUGUGAGAGAAUUUGUAGAGCACUUGCUCAAAGGUAUAGACUUAUCUUCCCGUGAAACUAGCUUGAUGAAGUAUGUUGCCUUGCUCAAUUUCUACGUACACAAUUCAUACAUCUCUUUCUCACACUGUGAAGCUUUUUUGGGACUUGGGGCAUACCAAGAAACAACAAUUAGAGAGUAUGACUUUAUAAGUCACUUGAGUGAACAGGCACGUCUUAUUUUCAUUGAGUUGAGAGAAACCACCACUCACAUUUCAUCCAUUCAAAUAAUACACUACUCUGUUGCAAAGGAAAUACUGAAUCAGCUCUCAGGAUGCAAGCCUCAGAGUGAAAUUGCCAUGGAACUUCUUCAAGAAAAGGCAUUUCUUCACCAUAGGUUUGGCCGGGAAGAAUUUAUAAAGUUCAUCCGAGAUCUGUUUAUAAGACGUGAUAAGAAGAGUAGGGGAGAUAAUACGGAUAGCUAUUUCUCUCCAUUCAUUGAGCAUAUCUGCAACACUGAAAACCCUGAAAAAGCUAUUGAUGUUUUAGAACGUGCUUAUGAAUGCUUGGGAAAAGAUGCAUUCUUUGCUCAACAACUUGCCAGAUUACAUUAUAAUUAUGAAAAGUUUGAGGAUGGAAAACACUGGGCAGAAAUAGCCAAAUCUCAUUUGCCAAAUGAUUCUUUUAUUUUAGACACAGAAGGGCAGCUGUAUAGGAAAUGGUUUAGUUUUAGAGUGGACAAAAAAACUGAUAAAGACACUCCUGAAGACAUCAUUCAAAUGAUAGAAAUUGCCCUUAAAGCUAUGAAAUGCUUCAGAGCUGCACAACAGGCUGCAAAAUCUGAGAAAGACAGUAUGAAUAAUGCUGGCUAUUUUGGAGAAGUAGAAGUGGGGUGUCGUUUACUAAAACUGCUAUCAACACUUGAUGUAUUUCCUAAAAAUCCAAAAGGAGAACAGCCUGAACUUGUACAAUAUUUACUUACAGACUACAUUCCAGAAGACAUUAAAAAGCCAUGGGGAAACCUUCACAGUCGCUUAAAAGGCUUACAGCAGAACAUUUACAAUGCCUUGGACUGGAUUUCGGAAGAUCUAAGUUAUUUCCAAACAAAUAAAAAUCAGACAGAUGCUGAAGAUGGGAGAGAAGAACAAGUUCAUAAUCCCAGAGGAUGGCUCAAGAGACAGUGUAAGGUAUAUGCAACAUUCUUCAGUUCACAGUCACUUAUUGAAGAAAAUAAAGCAGGAUCUAAAACCCAACUGAUCAGGCACAUGAAUAUUUAUAAACAUGGUGGUGGGAAUAUCACCACUAUCCUGUCAUUCCUGUCAGAUCCCAAUGAUAGGAAAUCAGUUCAAAGCCUUGAAAAAAUAAUAAGCUUCUACUCAGAAGACCCACAGAAGGAGACUCUAGAGGACACAGAACUCAUAAACUAUAUACUUUGUCACUUUACAUUAGCAUGCCUGUCCCCUGAUUCUUCCAAACUCCUUGACCUUCAACCUCUCAGAGAAAUCAGCAAGAGAUUAUAUAAAAAGAGAAGAACAGUGUUUCCUGCAAGUGCUCAUUUUUUGCUUACUUUACUUUAUUGGCCUGAUGCUGCUUUGGAUAAAGACUCUAAUCCAGAUAAAGAUUAUAUCUUAAAGUCAGCACUUGAUACCUUGAAGCAUUUGCAUGACAUCAAAAUGAAAGAUAUUGCACCAAGGAAGAAAAAGAUCUUCACGCAUUUUUUCUUGGGAAUAGGCUUUGGGCUACGAAAGAUUAUACCCAAAACUAAUAUUGAUAAAUUAAUGAGGGGCUCCCUAGAUGAACGGCGAAAAAUGUGGCAAAAUGGUGAAGUGUGGCAGAUUAAUGAAGUACAUAAAGUCCUUAAAAAAGUGGAAGGAUGGACAGAAGAUGGCAGAGUUUUUGCAAUGGGUCACUCAGAACAGAUUCCAAUUUUACCUUUGCAUUUCGGUUCAGUGCCACCUGGAAAUGAAAAUGUAACAUUUUAUCUAGGUUUCUCAUUUAAUGGACUCGUUGCCCAUAACAUUCAGGUUAAAAUGUAGAAAGUAUCAGCAAAGAGUUAGAUCUUGCAAGAAGAAAUAUUUUUUCACUUCAGAGAAUAACUUGAUUCUUCUGAAUUGUGUGGGGCAACUCCUACAUAUUAUAUGCUAAUUUUGACUUGGUAUGUUUUAAAGUAGGCACCUGAGUGAAGAGCAAAAUCCUGAACUCCCUCAGUUCAGUCCUAUGCCAAGUUGCAUGGUUCUUUGAAAGCAGUAGGCUUAGCCAUGCUCACUCUGCAUGGGAUCAGGAUGCCUAAUAUUUUUGUUUUUCAUGGUCAUUUUACACACAGUGCAGAGGCAAACCAUGAACCAGCCAAUCCUUGCUCUCUGUUGAGUGCAUGUGUAUGAUACAUGCUUUUGAAUACUUGCUUAUUGCAUCUGCACAUUUUUACAUAUGCACCAAAAAGCAUUUUAGGAUUAAAAAAUGUAAUGUUUCAAGUAGUCAUCUUAUUGUGUUUAUAUUUACAGUUCUCCCUGCAAGAUUCUGCAGAAAUAUAUUAGGACAGAAAUUUGCUUCUUAAGUUAUCAGGCAGACAAGGCUACAUACAGUCAAAACCUCUUCCUGGCUGAGGAUGUAUAAACCAAGUAGAGAAAUGAGACAAAUACAAAUUCUGCCACAAGUAGGAGCUGUGCUGACUUCAGUAGCAUUCAUACUGUUGAGGAGUCGGCAGGCUGAUGUCCUUAGAAAACAUAAGCAAUAAUAUAGGAGGAAUGUGCAGAAGAAAAGUGGUUCUGCACUAGUUUAUCCAGCUGGGGUUGCCAGCUUUUUUACUAGCUGUGCUGCUAUGCCUUUGAAAGCAGCCAGACUUUAAGCACCUGAAGCUUUUUCUUUCAUUUUCUCCGUAUGCCCAGAAACACUUCACUUGCUAAAUCUCAGGUUGUUAAAUGCAUAGCAGUAGCCCAAUGAAAAGUUGGCAGCCUUAAACAUGCUACCAAGGAAAAGCCUGAAUCACACUUAAAGAAGUUCCAAAAGUAAUCAAAACCAACUAGUAAAAGACACCAUCUCAGUUAUAACACAGAAGCAAGCCUUCCUGAAGAUGUAAGGUCGUCAUUGUGGCCCAUUUGUGAGGUGCAUUUCUGAAGGAAGGCUGGAGUGUUCUCCACCUCACCCACUAUCCUUAGCAGCAUCUGACCAAAGGCAAAGCUGCCCAUCAGAAUUAAAAAGACAGGCCAGGGAUUGCCUAACUCUUAAUUUCAGUCAGUCUGCUUUGAGUUAUAUUCUUCAAAAUGUCAGUCAGUACACCUAGAAUCACCCAUAAUUCCAAUUUCACAUGCCUUACAGAGGGAUGGACACUCGGGUAGCAAAACAGAAUUGUCAAGGCAAUUAGUCAAGAACUAUUUAAACUCUCUAGUCCUGAGGCGAUCCAUGUAAACAAGCAGCUUCUGUCUUCAUAUCACUUGUUGAAUAGGAACCUCAGGUGGAACUGGAUACAUAUCUAAAUAUGGAUGCUGCCUACUGGAGCUGUGUGUUGUGUUGAGUCUGACAGAUCUGACUGACCCAUCUUGCCGCAUGUUGGUAAUUGGUGGAACUCCUUCCAACAUGACCGCAGGGAUCCUCAGUCUGUUGUGGCAAUCACUGUUGGAGACGCAACCCUUGCUGUUGUCGCCUCCUCCUUCCCCUGUGACCAGAUAGAAGCAGGGGACAGGCUGUGUUGCUCUGAAGGAAGCAAAGAUGAAGUGUGCGCGCACACACCCUGCCUUUCAUGGCAUGGGAUUUAAACAGUUUUAUUUAACUUUCCUUCUAGGUCCUGUGAGUGGCACAAGUGCUUCUAGGAAAUGGAUUUCCCCCCAGAGGAUGCAGUUAUGAGUCAUGAAUGCAGUGUGUAUGUAGAAUGUGUGUGUGUGUAUAUACAUAUAUAUACACACACACACACACACACUGUGUGUGUGUGUGUGUGUGUGUGUGUGUGUGUGUGUGUGUAAAUACCCCCACCCCUGCUUAAUUAGUAAUUAGAACUGGAUCAGGGUUUCUACUUAUUGAUAUGUUGCCAUUUGUGUACCUAGGAAGAUAGGAAGCUUUCUUCUACAGAGUCAGACUGUUGGUCCAUCUAGCUCAGUAUUGUCAACACAGACUGGCAGAGGCUUCUACAAGGUUGCAGGCAGGAAUCUCUCUCGGCCCUAUCUUGGAGAAGCCAGGGAGGGAACUUGAAACCUUCUGCUCUUCCGAGAGUGGCUCCAUCCCCUAAGGGGAAAUAUCUUAGUGCUCACAUCUCCCAUUCAUAUGCAACCAGGGCAGACCCUGCUUAGCAAAAGGGACAACUCAUGCUUGCUACCACAAGAUAUUUGAUAUAACUAAUAUAACUGAAAUGAGCCCCUGAUGGCGCAGUGGUAAAACUGCUGCCCUGUAACCAGAAGGUUACAAGUUCGAUCCUGACCAGGGGCUCAAGGUUGACUCAGCCUUCCAUCCUUCCGAGGUUGGUAAAAUGAGUACCCAGAAUGUUGGGGGCAAUAUGCUAAAUCAUUGUAAACCGCUUAGAGAGCUCCGGCUAUAGAGCGGUAUAUAAAUGUAAGUGCUAUUGCUAUUACUAUUCGUUGUAUUUGCUUACUUGAAAAAUCUGUGACCUGAAAUGCUGUAUCUUAAUUUUUGAUAAUGAUCAGUAAAAUGUGUUAAAAUCUA